AUGAGGUUUCUCAACGAUCGAACAGAAUCCUCAAUAGAGGAACAGGUGACCGUCAACGACGCCAAUAUGUAUGAGAAACAAUACGACUACGGUGACUGCCCUAUAAAGCAUGGAGAGAUUCGCCUUAUGAUCCUCAAACCAGAUGCGCACCAUUCGGCUGAGAUUGUUGUUCAGCUGAGAGUAGUCUCCAUCCAAGAGAUUAUAGGAUACCCCCAGGCUUUCAAAUACACGGCUCUAUCACACAAUUGGGGUAGUGAGGACGAGAGCAAGACUGUCUUUGUUGACGCGUCUCAUGGCCAUGGACCGCAAGCCGUGUCCGUGGUGAACGGCUUUUCAACGGACGCGCCAAAUUCCCUUCAGAAGAUGGAGCGAGUGAGUAUCAAACCGAACCUAUACGCAUUUCUCCAAGAAUUACGACUACCAGAUCGAGAGGUAGCCCUGUGGGUGGAUCGAAUUUGCAUCAACCAGAAGGACCACAAGGAGAAACAAAGCCAAGUCGCAAUUAUGGGACAGAUUUACUCUGCCGCAGCCAGCGUUACCAUUUGGCUGGGACCAGCAGACAAGAACGCCAAGACUGACCGAGCCAUGGAUUUCAUCAACCUCUUACUCCAAGACAACAUGAGAGAUGUAUUCGGAGACGAUUACGCAACGGACUGUUUAGCGCUUCUGCACUUGAUGUGUCGUCCGGUUUUCUCGCGUCGAUGGAUCAUCCAAGAGCUGGCCGUGGCAAAAAGUAUCGAAGUGCGAUGCGGCUCCAAGACAGUGAAAUGGAGAGACUUUGCAUAUGCGGUCAGCAGCCUUGCUGACCAACUGGAUCAUAUCCUCGAGGUGAUCAAACGGAAUUCGACACAGGUGAAGUCUCUGGAGGGAAUUAAAGAAAAGAAGUCACUUGGUGCCUGGAAUCUGGUCGACGCUCUUACCAAUAUUUUCCAACGACAGGUUGACGGAAGUAUCUACGCUCCACGGCAGGGGCUUGAAAGUCUUGUCUCUUCGCUGUCAACUUUCAAGACGUCCGAUCCUAGAGAUACGAUAUAUGCGCUUCUCGAUCUAGCUACGGAGACAUGCAAACUUUCGCUGAGCAACAACUUACAGCAACACCAGCGGAUUAUACUGCGGUGGAACCCUGCUCCGGAGCCCGACUACAGCAUCGAUUUGCUCCAUCUUUACACAAAGUUCACCAAAUGGUGUAUCGGCGAGAGUCAUUCUUUAGACAUUAUCUGCCGUCGGUGGGCGCUCCCCGAGCUUGAACAGAAGCUAGAUGAGCAGUACCCAGAGCUUAUGAAGCUGCCGUCAUGGAUCAAAACGGUAGAGGAAUCUGAGUCUCGUCCCCAAAAUGAAGGCCUAAGCGGACGGAAAACAGCGAAUAGUCUUGUUGGCCUACCUGGGAACUGCUGUUACAACGCUUCAAAUGGCCAUUUCCCCAACGUUGAGUUCAGGAGGGACAAGACACCUAAGCCGGUUGAAGGCUUUCCGCCAGACAGCCUCUGCGCGCAAUCGCAGAUAAUUUCCGACAUGAACCUGACGAUGACGAUCAGAGGACGGUCAAUUGGAGUCGUCUCAGAAUUUCAUCCAAUGCACGGCGGCAUCAUUCCGAGUAAAGUUCUACUGAGUCUAGGUCAUGUUCCGAGCAUAGAGCCGCAAAAUGUCCCGGACGCUGUCUGGAGAAUACUCGUAGCAGACCGGGAUGUAAACGGAAGAGCAGUGCCGGGCUGGUAUCGACGAGCUUGCAUGGAAUGUCUGUCGGCCGUCACUGAUGCUGGGGACAUGGACACCAAUGCAAUUCUUCAACGGUGCGACCCUCCAACGGAUUUCGGGGCAGCUUACUUGAAGAGAGUACAGGCUGUCUGUUUCAACAGGAACUAUAUCGGAUGCGAGGAUGCGAACGGGAAGAAUGAGAAGUUGGUAGGAAUAGCUCCUCUGGAUUCCAAGGUCGGCGAUGUCGUGUGCAUUCUUUUCGGGUGCUCCGUCCCUUGUAUUCUCCGGCCUUUCUGGGAUGAGAGAUGGCGUGAAUCUCAGCCUUCAUAUUACAAGCUUGUCGGAGAGGCUUUCGUUCUUGGGCAGAUGGACGGCGAAGCACUUGAUGGGCUGACGGAGAAGGAGUUGACAGGAGAGGAGUUUUCUUUGAUGUGAAGCGAUGUCUCCAAUCUGAAGUUC